AUGGACGUCUCGCCACUUCUGCGCUUACCUGUCGAACUUCGAAGACUAAUCUAUUGCUACGUCCUCCCCCACACCACGACAUUCGAUGUGCGUUUGCAACGCCCUCCCGACCCUGCCCCCAAAGCCGAGUUCAAUCUGACAUUCGUCCGGCAGAGAAAUGGCGACGGGGGCUGGCGCAUGCAGAAGACCUCACCGCGCACUGAUCGCGAGAGUGGCAAUGAUAUCGUCUGGCUGCGCGGCGGCACGAGCCUGUUAGCUGUUAAUCGCCAGAUCCACGAAGAGGCAGCAGAUAUGCUAUACGGAAGCAAUAUCUUUGUGGUCGACGUGACGUUCGAUACAAUCAACUUUCGCUACCGCUGGCGGACGGCGAACAACUUGACACCGAAUCGAGCGUACCAAUUCCUGGAUCACUUCUCCCAACGCAACCUCCUUCGAAUAAAGAACUAUGUCGUAAACGUAGAAUCGGUGGACGACUACACUGGCAUGAUAAAAUACAACCACGGGGGGCGCGGUCUGCCCGCAGGAAUACGACGAAGAGUACAGGAGCUCGUGGACUUGUUGGUAGUGGCUCCGCAGUUGCACCGGCUGCAGCUACAUUUGAUCGAUGGCGCUAUAAGUCGUGUGAAGUUUCCGAGUGGCAGGGUCCAUAGAGUACAGGACGAGAGCAACUUUUCGCAAACACAGACAGUGCUGCUUCCGUUCCGAGCGCUUUAUGGAGUGCGCAAAGCACAGGUCACUGGAGUAAGUGAAGCGUACGCAGAAAGUUUGGAGCGGCAUAUGGUAGCGCAGAGAGAACAUCGAACCCUUGAGAGGGGCCAGGUUGGAAUAUAA